UGCGGUAUCAGUCUUGUCAAGCUUGUCAAGAGCAGAGAGACUCAGAGAACCCAACAUGGGGGAAUCAAAGCUCUGCAUUCUGCUUCUCCUGAGCGCAGCGGCCCUGGCCUCUGCACAAGUUGAUGACCUCCCAACAUGUUUGUUGGAUCAGAGAUACAAGGCUCUACACAAGUAUGAAUAUCUGUAUGAAACCGAGUCCCUUAAUGCAAUCAAUGGAGCCUCCAAUCUCCAAAAUGGACCCAAGGCCUCCUGCAAGGUUGAGGUUGAAGUGCCACAAUCUUGUUACUUCAUCAUUCGUACCACUGGUUGUAGUCUGAGUGAGGUGGUGGGCACGGAGGCUGACGGUAGCCCAGUGUUCGCACCGGCUUCCUCAUCCGACGCCUUCGCUGCUGAGAUGGAGAAGUAUCCCCUGAAAGUAGUGUCCACGGGAGUUUAUGAUGUGAAGCUCUACUCUGAAGAGGAGGAGACGACUUCCAUCUUGAACUUCAAGAGAGGAAUAAUCUCCGCUCUGCUGGUGCCUCUGGUGGAGGAUGAUAAGAACAAGGACAUGCCCACCAUCUAUGGCCAAUGCAAGACCAAGUCCACCAUCAAUGAAAGACAGACAAUCGCAACAGACAUCACCGUGAGCAGGGAUCUUUCUAGCUGUGACAAAUUUGUCCCAAUGAGAGACCAAACAAGCUCCUUGGCCCUUAUCUCUGGGAUGCACUACCCUCUUGCCCAGCUGAUCAGAAGCUCACAGACCUGCCAGUACAAGUUUGAUAAUGACAACAAGCACAUGACCUCUGGUUCAUGCACUGAAAAGCACAUCCUGGUGCCCUACUCUCACAAGGGAGAAUAUGGAGUUACCAGCAUUGGAAAACAAGUCCUGACCCUGCAGGACGUUUCGGCUCACAACGACAGAAUCUUUGACUUCAAUGAGGCCAACGAGAAGUCCCUGCACAUGGAGGCUGUUUAUGACAAGAGUGUUCACCAGGACAAGGAGGCUGGUCUGGCUCUCCUUAGAGAACUGGCCACUUUGCCAGAUACUGAGGGUGCAAGAAGGCCCAACCUCUUCUUCAGGCUGGUACAGAUGUACCGUGGGAUGAAGGCUGAGACCCUGAAGAGCGGUAUUACCGAGGCCCUUGAGGUGUCUGUGCCACUGACCUUCCAGGUUCUGGCCCAGUGCGGUACUGCUGAGUGCAGCAGCGGCAUCAUGCACAUCUUUAGAACCUAUGACACGUCUGCAACUGAGGUUGAUGCUGCUGUGUUUGCCCUUGGACUGGUUUCCAAUCCAUCACCUCUUCUAAUCAAGGAUAUGCUAGAGAUGGCUCAAUACAAGCCCAGCAAGCCCAUCAUGUAUGCACUCAGCAACAUUGUCAAGAGGUUCUACAAGGCUGAAGGAAAGGUGAUCCCUGAGAUUACAUCUGUUGCUGAGUUCAUGGCAGAUCAGUUGGGAGACUGCACUGGUGACAAGGAUAAAAUGUUUUUGAUCUUGAGGGUUGUUGGAAACAUGGGUGCAGCCAUGGGAGCUUCCAGUCCUGCACUGAAAACUGCUGUUAUUCAGUGUGUGAACCUGCCCACCGCAGACACAUCUGUCCAGCAGGCCGCCAUUCAGGUCUUCAGACUGACUACUGUCCCUGAAGAGGGUAGGGAAGUUCUCAUGCAGGUGGUCCUGAAUAGUGCUAGCCCAUUGCAGAAGCGCAUUGCUGCCUACCUGGUUAUGAUGAAGGACCCCCAGCCCAGUGAACUGGCUCAGUUGGUCGCCUCUUUGCCUAAUGAUCAAGACCAACAGGCCAGGAGCUUUGUCAUCUCUCACAUUACGAACAUCCUGUCAUCAACUCUUCCCGAGAAUAAAGAACUGAGGGAGAAGAUUCUGAAUGCUCUGCAGGGCAAUGAGAUCGGAAUGAUCAUGGAUCCCACCAAGUUCUCCGGCAAUUACAAAAUGGGCUCUAUUCAGGGAAACAUGAUCUUUGAGGCAACCAGCUACCUGCCAAAGGAAGUCAUGCUUGAAAUGACCCUGAAAGCCUUUGGUUAUGACGUUGAUCUGAUGGAGAUUGGAAUGGAGGGCAAAGGGUUCGAGCCAACUGUUGAAGCCCUGUUUGGAGAGAAUGGAUUUUUCCCUGACACAGCCCUCAGGACAAUGUACUUUGUAUCUGACAACAUGCCCAUUGGAACCACUGAAAUGCUAAGGAAGAUGCUGCCUGCUCUGAGGAAGGACAGGAAGAAGAGACAGGCAUCCCAGGGACUGAUGAGGGAAAUUGGGCGCAAUCUCAACAAACUGGUCAGGGAACUGAAGGCUCAAAAAUCCCCUGAAGCAAUGGUUUACUUGAGUCUUUUGGGAAAUGAGCUGGGUUACCUUAAAUCCGAGGACAUGGCGGAUAUGGCCCUCUCUGCAGCCAUGAUGAUUGACAACAUGCUCAAGAUGUUCCCAAGUGAUAUGAUGAUGUCCCUUAUGACCACAACUGAAAACGAAAUCUUUGCCCACUACCUCUUCAUGGAUAAUGAGUUCUUCUUGCCCACUGCCAAUGGAAUCCCUCUGAGAGUUGCCCUCUCUGGCACAUUUACCCCAGGAAUAAAGGGUGGACUUAAAUUUGCCAGUGACAUGAGCGCCGUCAGCUUCAUGCCCUCUGCUGGCCUUGAGUUUGAGUCUCAGAUCGGUUACCACUUCCCUGAGUAUGUCAACUCUGGACUCGAGAUGCAUACCACACUUUACCACGAGAGUGGGCUACAGGCCAAGAUCUCCAUGGGAGCUGACAGUAUUAAGAUGAGCAUGCCUGCUCCCCAGGGCCCCACCACCGUCCUCAGCAUUACCAACAAACUGGUCUCAGUGACCGGUGCAGAGUUCAAGACUCUCCCACCGACCGUGACAGACAAAGUUGAUACUAAUGACUGCAAUGUCUUCUUCGCUGGUAUGAAGUACUGCAUCGCCAUGCAGUAUACCGAUGCUUUCUCUCAGAAGACAUCCCCAUAUUUCCCCAUCACUGGAGACAGCAAGUUUGCUGUUGAAAUCCACCCUACUGGUGAUGUGAAUGAGUACACAGCCACCAUUGCCUAUGAACUCUUAAAGGAGGGCGAAGAGGGCCGCCAGAAGGUCGAUGCUGUGACGGUGACCCUGAGAGCCGAAGGUGACGAGCCAGUGGAGGCCAGAGCUACUGUUAAGUACAACAGGAGGAAGAAUGUCCUGACCACCGACAUCCAGGUUCCUGACUAUGAUGUGGAGGCUGGAUUCAGGCUGGGGGUCGCUGACGGUAGCGUUAAGAGCAAAGGAACUUACGCCAUCACCCUUGACCUCAUCAACAAGAACGUCCCACAACUCUCUCUGCUUGCCAGUGCCAAUCAAAAGGCCAUGAAGGAAGGUGUGCUGAAAGUCCAGCUUAUUAUCCCCUCAAUCAAGGCUGAUGCCACCCUCACAGCCAUUAUGAAACGCGGCGAAGAGAUGGAAUGUGAGCUUAAGAGUGACAUUAAGUUCCUCGAGAGCACCUCAGAACAAAAACUUUCUCUUAAAUAUGAUGGAAGCAGAAUUGAAGCUGGUGUCGAGUCGGACAUGAAUUCUGAGAUAAUUAAAAUUCUUCCCAAUGCUGACAAGAUUAAAGAGUAUGUCAAUGCCAUUCUCGAUUCAAGUGUGAUGGAGUCGGACAUGAAGUUCCGUCAAAUACUCACCAAGUCUGUGGAGGCAACCAACAACUACAUGGAGAAGUAUGCUUCAGAUAUCCCUUACAUCAUGAACAUAAGAAUCCCUGACAUGCCUGAGAUGUCUCUGCCAGAGAAACUCUUCCUGAACACUAAAGCCAAAGCAGUCUACAACUUCAACAACGAGUACUUCACGAUUGCUAUUCCAGUCCCUCUUGGAGGAAAGUCAACAGAAGAACUCAACUUCCCUGCCGCCCUGACCACACCAAGCCUCUCCAUGCCCCAGCUUGGCCUACAAGUUCCCUCAAUGCAAAUUCCAAUUCCAGAGCUCUUUGUUCCUGAGACAAUUACUAUUUCAGUGCCUCUCUUUGGUAAAGCCGAGGUCUCAGCUAUGCUGAGGAGCAACAUCUACGAUUUGGAAGCCUCAAUCGCUGCCGGAAAAGAUGUUGUGCAGACACCGAGCCAUUCAGCCAUGUAUGACGUAAAGGGAACAUCUCCAUUCGAUAUCCUCUCAUUCCGGAUUGAAGGUUCUGGAAUGUUUACCAACCAAGAUUCCAUCAAGGCCGAGAUGAAAAGUACUCUGGCCCACAAGUUCCUUGAAGCUAGUUUUAACAUCUUAGAGGAAACCCUCACCGACAAAGCUGGUGUCAAAUCAAGCAGCAAGAUUGAAGCAAAAAGUACCUUAGGCCUCAAUGUUUCCAUUUCUUACAUUGCCACAGUUGGCAUGAACACUGAAGAAAUGUCUGGGGAUAGUAACCUGGAGGCAAUGGUAAAGGUUGGACCAUUAUAUGGCGACAUGACUUCAACCCAAUUUAUUGCCUUCUAUCCAUCAAGACAAGAAGCCAAAAUGGAUUCUUCUUUGAAAGUUGACUCAACAUUUGUUCAGGCCCAAAACAUCUUCUCUGCAGCCUUAAAUAAUGGAGAACUUUCUGUUACGUCAAACACCAAUGUCUUUGAAGACACCUUGACCCAUGUGGCUGAGCUUUCUUUCAAGGAACAAAGGUUAACCCUAAAAUCUGACACCAAUGCCCUUGCCCUUGGCAUGAAGAUCCGCAACGAGGCUCAGGGCUCCGUUGGUGCCGGUGUAGUCCUCUUCAGGGUAGAAACCAAUGCUGACCGAUUUGAAAAUCGCUUCUACUGUCUGCAAACCGGAACUCUAGAUAUCAAUGGUUUAGUUUACAGCAGUGAGGGCAAUGCAAAGCUUUUAGAAAAUGAGGCCACUCAUACAGCUACCCUGAAAAUGAGCAAGGAUGGUUUGGAGACAAGUGGAAAAAGCACACUCAAGAGCCCCCUGAUGCUGGAGAACAACUUUAGGGCAGGACUUGAUGCUGCCAGAGCUUCUCUUUUCAUUAACAACAAAGCUAUACUGAGUGACAAGAAGUUUGAUAAUGCAAACACUCUCACUGUAACUCCUUCUAGCUUUGACUUCAACUCAAAUGUUGAGAUCAUUGUCUCUGAGAAUGUUUUAUACACUCAAGAUAUCACCAUUGAUUUAAAGCCAUACAUUGCCUCCUCCAGUAUGAAUAACAACCUAAAAGUACUUGGGGCAAAUCUUGUUAGUGAGGCUCAGUUAAAGGCAGAGCUGUACAAGAUGGACCUAUCUGGUAGCAUGAAAGCCAUUUAUGAUGAGCAAGAGAUUAAGCACACAUAUGAGGUCAAUUAUGCUGACCUGGCUGCCAAUGCUAAAUGCAGUACAAGUGGAAAACUGUUUGGAACUCAGAUGAGCCAUAAUACUGAGCUUGAAGUGGUGGGGCUUGCUGCGAAGUUUUUGAAUGAUGCUCGCUUCAACUCACAGCCAAUGCGCUUUGACCACAACGUGAGAGCUAGUGUUGUACCUUUUGACUUCAACCUUGAUACCGUCUUCAAUGCCGAUGGGGACCUUGCCCUUUAUGGUAUGCCAAGUGCUCAGAUCUAUUUCAAAAACCUCCUAAGGGCCCAGCCCCUGGUCUUUGUCAGCUCCCAUGAAUACAGAGCCUCAGUGAACCAAAAGAUGGAUAAUGGAUUCUCUUCGGAGACCACUAUUGACUACAAGAUAGAUACUCUUCUGUCUCCACAAGUGCAGGAAGCUAAAUAUAGACUUAAGUCCAAGUUAAAUGACCAUGCCUACAAUGAAGACUUUAACAUGUUCAACAAUGCAGAUAGAAUUGGCGUAGAAGUUUCAAGCACUGUCUUCUCAAAUGCUUUUAACAUGGACAACACGGAGAACCAGGAAUUCACCAUCACUAUCUUCCUUAAAUAUGAUAAGAACACCAACAGUCAACUGAUUCAGAUCCCUUACAUAGAUGUGGCUGCUUACCUCGAGAAUAUCAAGGUAGUUUGUGUUAACCUUCUGGAGGCAUUCCGCAGCUACGCCAACAAUGAGGAAAUUGCUGCUAGGCUUGGGGCUCUUCCUCAGAGUGUCAGUGACUUUGUUAAAACACUGAGUAUUGAAGACAAAACAAUUUACCUCAAGCAAUACCUUACCGAUUUUACCAAAGAUUAUUCCAUCUCAAUGGAGGACCUUGAAGCAUAUCUAACACAAGUAACAGAGUUUGUCACGAAAAGGCUGUCAGAUCUAGGUUCUUCCCUCCAAACAUUUUUUGUUAUGGUGAAAGAAUUGAUUGUCAGUGGCACCCUUUCUGAAACCCUCAUUCAGAACAUUGAACAAAAGCUAGUAGAAUUGAAUGACAUUUUUGAUAUCAAAAUACUGGUUGUGGCAGUAAUGGAUAACAUUAUCGAAUUCAUUGCACAGAUUGAUCUUGAAAAGCUGCAGGGCAGCAGCAUGGCCUACUUGCAAGACAUUGAUGCCAAGUUUGAAAUCAAGUCUACUCUUGAAAUGGUUGUUAGGGAUUUGAAGCAGUAUUUUGAAACCUUUGACUUGUCCCAGUGUGUUGCUAACAUCAAGAGUUACAUUUCUUCCAUUGACUUUGAAGCUCAGAUUAUGGAUCUGAUUGCUCGAUUCCCAACUGAGAUUUUCUCUGAAAUAACAAGAGACGUUAGAGAUAUUGUCCAGGAAUUACAAAUCCUUGAAAAAGUAAAUGCAUUCCAUGCUAAAAUAAGAGAUAUUAUGGUCAAGAUGGAGAUUGACCAAAAGAUGAUGGCUAUCAUGGAACAAAUUUUGGUGCUUAUCCAGAAAUUACAAAUUGACGAAACAGUCCAAGCUGUAAUGAAAAAGCUGGAGAGAAUUCCUCAAAAUAUCUUGUUUCUAGUAGAACUUGGCACCUCAUACGUAAAAGACAAUCACAUCAUGGAAAUAAUUGGGAAAAAUUUUAGAGCACUCAAUGCUAUUAUUCGUGACUUUGUCCAAAUGCUGAAUACCAUUGAGUAUAGCGAAUAUGUCGCAGGUGCAAAUAGAAUGAAAUCAUUUUUCACAUCCCAGGUGAAUAGAAUGAUCAGGGAACUAGAGCUUUCUCAGAAACUUGAUGCUACAGUAGAAUUCAUUAACUUUGUCAUAUCUUCCAUUCAAGGCUCCUUGGAACAACUAAGAGAAAUCAAAUUUUCCGAAAUGGCCAAAACAGUUCUUAUUCAGCUGAAGGAAAUACCAGAAUUCCUCAAACAGGGAAUCGACGGAAUUAAUGUUGAAGCUGUGCUAACUCCCUACCUGCGAUUUGUUAGCAAAUACUAUAGUAAGGUUGUCACCAUCUUCACUGACAUUUGGACUAAUAUGUUUGAGGUCAUUCAGAAUGUUUUUGCUGAGCAAAUGAUUAUCAGUGAGGUUAAACAAAUGAUUGAAGGAGUCGUCACUGGACUGAAGACAGCUGAGUUGGAAGUACCAUCCUUUACCUUCCCAGGUACUGAUCUUGUUGUUCCCUCAAUGAAGAUUAGCAUGGAUAACCUUUAUGAGAUCAAAACGUCAACACAGCUUGAGAUCCCUCAGUUCACUAUCAUGGGACUGUACACUAUUCCAGCCAGCACUAUCUCCUUUGAGGAAAUCAAGCAGAGGAUCAUUGAACUAAUUAAUUACACUGUCAACUUUGAGUUCAAUAUGCUCAGUUUGGACGAUGUUUUUGGAGAUAUUUCCAUGAACUACUUCCCUGUCAUGCCUCAGUUCACCAUUCCCCAAAUCAGCCUUGCUGAGCUUUCCUUCCCUGAAAUCCCAGUGAUGGAUGUAGACAAGCUUGUUAAGACUCUCCAGAUCCCUGACCUCGAGCUGCCCGCCAUCCCUAGUGAGCUCAUGUUGCCAUGCUUUGGCAAAGUCUAUGGGGAGAUGAAAAUCCACACUCCUAUCUACACAAUUAAGACCACUGCUGAGCUGGCAAACACUACAGAUAACGCCUUGAACCCUCGGUUCAGUGGCAUUUUUAUCUCUGAGGGAAAAUCUCCCAAAUCGGACAAUCUCAACUUCAUCGUUGAAUUAUCAGCUAAUAUUGCAAUCCCCAAGAGAAGCCGUGUUGUUGUGGCAGAGGCUUUGAAGUUAACCCAUCUUGCUUUUGAGGUUGAACAUCAGGGAUCUGCAAACUUCUAUGGCCGAUCAGCUCAGGCCCAGUCUCAGGCCCAGACUACAGUGAAGGUUAUGACUACACCAUACACAGCCAAUCUUAUCAACAAAGCUUCUCUUUCACUGGCUCGUGGCAUUACUGUCUCAAUUGAGACAAAGUAUGACCACAUGGUGAACCUCCCAAGCAUUGAUUUCACAAGUGACAUUGUUGUAAACCAGCAGGGAACUAUUGAACAGGAAGAUUUCACAAUCAAAGUAAAGAAUAUUGGUUCAGUCCAGGACAGAGGCGACAACAUCUACAAGACCAACAUGUUGAUGAAUAUCGAUCCUAGGCUUGUUAAGAUGUCGUUCUCCGCUGACACCAUCACUGCAAUGUUGAAAAGUAAACAGCAAAUGACUGCUGAGUCUGCUCUCUUUCAACACAUCAAAUUUAAUAUCCGUAAUGAGGCAGAGGGCCCAGCAGUAAAGAAUAGUCUUUUUGUGGCAUCCGGACAGUGCACCCUUAAUGACCUGAAAAUUGAGUUUAAGGCUAACCAUGAUGCAGAGCUAUACGGUUUAGUCGAUGGAGUCUUUUCCAACGCAAUCAAUUUCAUGAUCCGUCCCACCGAGUUUGUUUUCGACUUCCAAAACAAGGGCAAUGCUAAAGUAAACUUCUUUGAGGCUUUAAUUGCCAAGAUUGAACUUCAGAAUGAUUACUCUGCGAUGUUCAAUGCUGGCAGCCAACAAAUGAACACGAUGGCUCUGGCCCGCAUCAACCAGUACAAAGUCUUGUACAACUUCACGGUUAACAAUAAUGAUAAGGAGGCUGCUAUGUCUGCUGCUAUAGAUAGUGUCAUUGACCUAGGCUUCAUGGAUACCCCCAUCUCAAUCCCUGAGUUUCCUCUACUCUUUGCUGCCUUCGACACGCCAGCCAUUACAAAUCUGAAUUUGUAUGAACAAAGUGGAUUGAAAGACAUCCUGACUACCACUGAGCAGAAUAUCAAUGUUGAUGCUAAGAUUGUUUACGAAAAGAGCCAGGAAAUGCCAAUUUACUCUUUUACUGAACUGAUCAGAAUACCAUCUGCAGGCAACCUUGUUUCAGAGCUAUCUGUGAAGUCUGCCAUCAUUAAUUUGAAUAUUAUUAGUGGCCUGUCCACUAGUGAUGACUUGGUGAUUCGCAUUGGAGCAACAAGCAACUCUGUUUUUGAGUCUUUGAAGGCCAAGCUCGAUGGCACAUCAAGCCUGACCAUCGUCAGAGGAAUCAAGUUAGCCAACUCCCUGUCACUUGAGAAUCAACACAUUAUUGUCAACCACGAGAGCUCCAUUGGCAUGAAAAUUGAGACCUUUGAAACUAAAAUGUCUGUUACCACAAAUGGAAGAAUUAAUACCCCAAUUCUUAACCUAAUAGUGACCCAAAGCCUAGUUGCAGACAGCAAGGUUAGUGCCCACUCUACUUUCCAGAUGAAGGGUGAUUUUAAUGUGCCCAAAAUUGAGGCUUCUGGAAAUGUAGAGGCAGACCACAGCCUGAAAUUUGAAGGAUCCUUUAAGCAGAUCUCCAUAGAAUCAACCACCAAAGCUAACAUUGAUGGCAGAGCACUUGAGCAAUAUGUCAUUUUGGGAAUACUGGACAAUGACGCCAAUCUGUACUUGAAUGAAGAAGGUCUGCGCUCCACAUCCAAAUUGAUUGCUGACUACAAACUUAAUAGUGACUCCACCAAAGUCAUUGGCAUGGAUGUGAAUGAAAAUGCAUCAAUUGAAGCCUCCUUGAGCCGUGUACUUGCAGUGCUGAAGUGCACUAGCAACAACGAGGUUAAUAUGCCUGCCUUCAACACCAAGGGAAAAUAUGUUGCCCAAGCAACCAUGGAUCUUACACCAAUUUCAUCCCUGGCUGAUAUGGAAAUCAACCUAUCUCAACAAAGCUCCCUGGGUGAUCUCACCUUGUUCGAGAAGAUUGCAAUGGACAUAACUGGCACCAAGCAGAAAAUGUAUCAUUCAGCCAAGCUUGUGACACCAGUGAUCACCACAAUGCUGGAAUCAGAGGUCCAGGGUGAGGCUCCUGUCUUCAAAGUAACAUUGAAGUCUUCUGCUACCUCUCCCAUUGUCUUCCUGGAAUAUGACAUGGAUGCUUCAUCUACUACCAACUUUGAAAAUGAAGCUCUGAUGAUGACUAAUAAAGCGGUCCUGACCCACACCGACGUCACCAUGGAUGUCAACCAUGUCAUUACCCAAGCACUCAGGAGAAAACGCCAAGUAGAUGGGAGUAUUUCUCGCCAAACCCUGAAUGUGGACAUCACCAGCUCUACUUUCACCGAUGCAAAUUUCCGCUAUGCUGCGGGUAGAGAUGCAAUCAGUGCCUCUGUGUCAACUCCUUCCACUGGAUUCUUAGGUCUUCAGGUCAACACCAGGCUCCCCUCUCUGAGUGCUAGACUGUACAGUCGCUACGCUUCUGCCCCUGAAAUUGAUGUUGAUGUAUUGGUCAUCAGAACCUCUCCCAAGGGCGAUGAUAAGAUGACGCUGCAGGUUGCAUACAAUAUGGACGCGCCCGCAGUCAUGCUCUCUGCACUCAGGGAUAGGCUUGCCUCAAUCACUUCUGCAUUCACUAUGUUUGCUGAAAAGUAUCAGAUCACAAUGUAUGCCCAGAAGCUUAUGACCGCAGUAACCACAUUUGUUGGAGAGACCUACGACUUUGCCACAAACUACGACAUGGACGUAAGCCAGUUGUCCACCUUCUUUAGGAAUGUCAUCUCCCUGUACCAGAAGACUGUCCAGGCAUCCCUGGAUGCUGCAGUCAAGGUGCUGACAGAGACCAGGUUCAAACUGUCUGACUCUGAGGAAAUGACAACACUGCCUGAGGUCCUUAAGAGGCUGACCAGCAGCAUUGGUGCCAUGCUAGAGAGAGCCAUGCAGAUUAUCAAUAGGGAAACGGAGGUCUAUAUCAACUCUCUAGCUGAGACCAUGAGCGCUGUCGAAUUCCGAUUCGGUAAUGGUGAUCCCAUGACCGGAGCCCAAGUCAUUAAUAUCAUACAGACCAAUUUCAAGAGCGCAUCAGAUAUGGUUGUUGACUUUGUCAAAAAUAUGGAAAGCCUCGAUAAGGUGCUCGAGAUGAUCAGGGACACGACACAGGUGGUCAUCACCAAAUCUCAGGAGUUUGUUGAUUCCAUCAAGUCUGAUUAUUUGGAUGCUGUGCUUAAUAUCACGAAUAACCUCUAUCGUUAUCUUGUUACUGUCAUGAAGGACUUAUCUGACCGCAUGGCCCUUAUAAACAUGGAUAGUUUCAACAGUACCCUUGAGUAUGUGAUAGAAAUGAUGAUCAAUGUGGCGACUCAGUUCCAAAGAAGCAUUUCCGACAUUUUGCAACAGGCUUCCGAGGAGACCAAAGCAUACAUGAAAGUCAGUGAUAGAAGGUUGGAGCUCGACCUUCCUUUCUCCUUCACACAGUAAAGAACUCUCACUGAUACGUUUUUAUAAAACACAACCAUCCAUUUUUAUUCACAACUGCAUAACUUCAUAACUCUUUUUAAGCUUGAAAGUGAAUUUCAAUAAAGACCAUCUACCUUA